UAGACGCGCCCGACUGCGGGAGUUAGACCUUAUUGGCCGAAUUUGGAACAGGGAGGUGUGGAGAAAGUCUGAAAAUCCAAACAAACUUCCCUUCAGUCUAAGGACCAAACUCAACACAGACGUGCAUUCUCAAACUGUUUCAACUGAAAAACAAGAAAUAAACCCUGACAUCAAGAUGUCUGCUGCCAAGCGUGCCAAGGGAAAGACCACAAAGAAACGCCCGCAGAGGGCCACUUCCAACGUGUUUGCCAUGUUUGACCAAUCACAGAUCCAAGAGUUUAAAGAAGCCUUCAAUAUGAUUGAUCAGAACAGAGAUGGCUUUGUUGACAAAGAGGAUCUACAUGAUAUGCUGGCAUCUCUUGGAAAGAACCCAUCUGACGAGUAUCUGGAGGGUAUGAUGAGUGAAGCUCCAGGGCCCAUCAACUUCACAAUGUUCCUCACUAUGUUUGGAGAACGUCUAAAUGGAACCGACCCUGAAGAUGUCAUACGGAACGCCUUCACAUGCUUUGACGAGGAAGCUACCGGGUUCAUUCAUGAAGACCACCUCCGUGAGCUGUUGACCACCAUGGGUGAUCGUUUCACAGAUGAAGAAGUGGACGAACUGUUACGCGAGGCACCAAUCGACAAGAAAGGAAACUUCAACUAUGUUGAGUUCACUCGAAUCCUCAAACACGGAGCUAGGGACAAAGAUGACAUGUAAAAGCGUCUUAUUACACAGAUGUACAUUCUUUACACAUACCACAUGUCUAAUGGUAUUAAUCACAAAAUACUUAAAAUAUUAUCCAAUAGUUCAGUGUUACAUUUAGCUAUAUUUUAAAACUUUUUUUUGGUCUUUUCAGCUAAAAUCAGUGAAGUAUACAAAAAAAGGGGAUUAUUAUGAUUAAACCCAUUUAUGAAGUCUUAAAACAUAAUAUGAAGUGAAGGAAGCAUAAUUGAAAAAAUUUAAGAUUUCACAAGCCUCAUCUCCAUCUAUAAUAAAGAAAUAAAGACCUUGUA